AUGGGCGCCUCCUCCUCGUACAGGGAUCCUAAAGCAGACGUGAUAAGGAAGGAGUGUCCUCACUCCCAUCAGGGGCUAAGGAUAAUGGAUUUCAUAGGUGUAGCUCGCAACUUGUAUCAUAUUAUUGUUACAAUUGCAUGUCUUGUGCUUCAAUUACUAUGGUACUUUCUACAAAUAAUUGUUAGCACAUGGUAUUACAUAUUAGCAGUGGGUAAUUUGUUGGAAAGCUAUUUCAUCUCUUAUGGACUACUGAAAAAAUACAAGUCUCUUCCUAUAGGAAAGCUUCGGUAUCUUGCCAUUGUCAUAGAGAGUGAAGAUGCUUAUCAGACUUCAAAGGUUGUUAAACUUUUGCAAUGGCUGGACUCGGUUGGUGUUAAAAAUGUAUGCCUCUAUGACAUGAAUGGAGUGUUGAAAAAGUCGAAGGUGGCCAUAUUUCAAGAAAUGAAGAAUGCAAAAUCCAUAGAGGAGGUGAGGGAAGCUGUGACAGACCAUGUAACCGAUCACAUGACCCUAGAAUUUGUUUCUUAUGUUGAUGGGAAGGAAGCAGUGGCCAAAGCAGCUAACUUGAUUUUUGUUGAGAAUUCAAAGCGACAUAACUUAGGUGGAGAACUGGAUUGCCAGAUAUUGUUAGAGUCUCACCUGAAUCAGGCACUGCAAAUUGUUGGUUGUAAAGGCCCUGAACCUGAUCUUUUACUGGUUUAUGGACCUGUUAGGAGCCAUCUUGGUUUUCCUGCAUGGAGAAUUCGGUAUACAGAGAUAGUGCAUAUGGGAUCUUUGAACUUCAUGAGACAUGGUUCCUUAAUUAAAACCAUUUACAACUUCACAAAAGUGCACCAAAAUUAUGGUACAUAG